AUGGGAAGCAUCUCAGGCAAAAAAAUAACAAGCUAUAUCGUCGAGCAUUUAGAUCCCGAACUUGGGCCAUGGUCGACGCUCGAGUAUCGAUCAAUCGCUCAAGACUCUGCCAAAGCCGGCGUGAGAUUCUUCUUGAGCUCUGUCCCAACAGUAAUGUCAUUGCCACCAGAGCUUCGAGAUCUUGAAUCCUUGACAAUAGAGCAUCGGAGUGUAGAGAAGCUUUUUCAAGAGGAUAAGGGACGAGUAUGCUUGCUUGAUCCAGCAGCCACUGUUGAGCUGAGUCCGGAGGACGGGACUAAAUUCGAUGUCUUUUUGUUUGGAGGAAUCUUAGGCGAUGACCCGCCUCGCGACAGGACAUCUGAGCUGCGGAAGAAGGGCUUCAGUGGGAGGAGGCUAGGCCCGAUACAAAUGACCACAGACACGGCAGUACGUGUGACUCGGAUGGUGGUGGAGCAGAAAGUACCCCUUAAGGACAUACCAUACGUUGAUUAUCCCGAGCUACACAUCGAUGAAAAUGAAAGCACGGAGAUGCCAUUCCGCUACGUCAAGGACGCGGACGGCUCACCUUGCAUGCCAGAAGGAAUGGUGGAUUUGAUCAAGGCUGACUCAGAGAAGGGAUUUGGCGACUUGCUUUGA